AUGGAAGCAGUAAUGGGGUACUGCAGUAAUGAGUUUGGAAUGGAGGAAACAAAUUCAAAUAGUGUAGAGUUCGGAAUGGGAGAAUCAAGUGUUAUUGGAAUUGAAACUGCGGCCAAUUCUGUAAAUGCUCCUAAACCACUACUAGGAAUGAAGUUUAAUAGUCAUGAAGAAGCUUAUAACUAUUAUAACUCUUAUGCAUUGUUGAUGGGUUUUGGAAUAAGGAAGAGCAGUGUGAAUUACUCUCGCAAGACUAGAGAAGUGGUAGACAGAAAGUUUGUUUGUGAUAAGGAGGGCUAUAGAUCUAAUAGAGAUAAGAUGGAGAUGCCUUUUCGGCGAGAGACCCGAGUGGGAUGUAAGGCAAUGAUGCGAGUUAAAUUAUUGGAGGACAAAUCGUGGGAGGUCACGGGGUUUGUUGAAGAACAUACAAAUCAUGUGUUGAGUAGUCCAGACAAAGCAAAAAUGCACAGAUCACAUCAACAAUUUCAUAAAACUCAAAGAUGUAAAAAACUUAUUGAUAGUUUGCGAGAAGAAGGUAUGCCUCCUUCCACUAUUUCUUGCGUUAUCAAUGCAACCAAUGGAAGAGACGGUGAACUUGUGACAUCACAACAGUGCAUUGAUCAUAUCAGAACCCAAAGAGUCAACAAUAUUGGUCAUGAAUGCAUAUCUAUCAUUCGACAUUUUCAGAGUAUGACAGCGAAUGAUCCAGAAUUUUAUUUUGCAAUAGAAGUAGACAGUAGUGGACAAAGGAGGAGUGUAUUCUGGGCCGACGGAAGAUCAAGAGCAUCUUAUUUGCAAUUCAGUGAUGUUAUUGCGUUUGGUGUGACAUACAGAACUAAUAAGUUCGGUCUUCCAUUUGCUCCAUUUACUGGUGUAAAUCACCAUAGGCAGUCCACUUUACUUGGUUGUGCAUUAUUAGCCGAUGAACAGGAAGAUACCUUUGUUUGGUUAUUUGAAGAAUGGCUGAAAUGCAUGCACGGCAUUGAACCAGGUGCUAUUAUAACAGAUCAGGAUAGAGCAAUGUGUAAUGCUAUUCACUCAGUGUUUCCAACGACAAGACAUCGUUAUUGCUAUUGGCACAUGCAAAAGCAUAUUAUUGAUCAUUUGCCUACUUUGGUAUCUCGUUAUGGUGAACAGUUUCAAAGGUAUUGGGGCUUGUGGUGUAAUAGUUCUUCAAUUGAACAAUGUGAAGGAUAUUGGGUUGAGAUGAAAGAGAAGUUUGAUAUAAAUGAAGAAGGGGAGGGAUGGUUGCAAACAGUUUACAAAUGCAGAGAACACUGGGUGCCGUGUUAUCUGAAGGACACUUUUUUUGCUGGAAUGAGAUCGAGCCAAAGGAGUGAAAGUAUUAAUGCAUUUUUUGAUGGGUAUGUUAACUCACAGACUCAGUUACACGAGUUUGUGACACAAUAUGAAAAAGCAGUAACUCAUCGUCGCUUAAGUGAAGCCCAUGAAGAUUUCAAGAGUCUGAACACAAAGCCGGUUAUGCUCCUUGGACAUCCAAUUGAGAUCCAAGCUGGAGAAAUGUAUACACGCAAUAUGUUUGAUGUGUUCCAUACUGAAUUCAAAGGAUUUGGUACAGAGUUCUGUGAAGAAUUGAGAAAAGAUGGGGACAUUGUUGAAUACAAGGUCUGUAAGUUUACAGAUAGAGGAAAAUGGGAGGUGGUUACUUAUGAACAAUCCAGUCAGAUCCAGUUCUGUUGCACUUGUGCUUUGUUUGAAACUAAUGGUGUUGCUUUAAGAGCAAAAUUCAAUAAUGUGCUCGAGCUUGCAUUUGAUUCAGAAGAGAAGCUGCAACAACUUGAUGAUGUGCUUACAAAUUUCAUGGAAUCACUUGAAGAAGAACUUGGAGAAACUCAAGAUCAAAUUAUGGAUAUUCCUCAACCUUCCGCACCCAUUUCACAUACAAUAGAGAACAUUCCUCAGAUAACAGUUCGUGAUCCUGAUAGACCUGCAAGGACUAAAGGUCGUCCAUGCAAUGCUACUAGAAUCCAGUCAGGUUUAGAACAGGCACAAGAAAAGAAAGAAAGGAAGAAACGCAUAUGUAGGAGAUGUGGUGAACUUGGGCAUUAUAGAACUAGUUGCAAAGUAAACAUAUGUACGGGUGGUGGAUGUAUUGGUUUGUUCAAAAAGUCAUAUCUCAUGAUUAAUGUACGUUCAUCCACAACUGUUGCUGAUUGUCUUGUAGCUGCUGAUGUAUCAACUUGCAUUGUAGCUGCUGAUGUGUUAAGACUAAUGUAUUAA